CGACUUUUAUACAGUUAAAUACUGUAUAUAGAUGUGUGUGUGCGCUCACCACGUGCACGCAUGUAUGACGACACCCUCAAGAUAUUUUCCCAAGGUGUGAUCGAGCACCAAACCAUGUCGUCAUGAAACGAAUUUCUUAACCACAUAUAAUAGUGUGUUAGUAGAUCAACUUAAAGUGUAUGACUUGAAGUUAAAAGGAGUCUGCUAAACUUUCCCAUUAUGUCAAAACUGCAUAACAUAUUUCUAGUUUUAUGGAAGAACUGGAUUGUUAUCAAGCGAAAACAUAUAUUAUCCCUAGCUGAAAUUCUUUUGCCAUGUAUUUUCAUGGUAUUACUCAUGGGAAUUCGAAAUAUUAUUGAUUCAGAGAACUAUGCACAAAUUACAACAUGGGAGCCAUGUAAUAUAACAGAAAAGGAAAUCACGAGUAUUGUUUAUGCACCAAACAAUUCUUUUGAAAAUGAUAUUAUGGACUGGAUGCAAAGAACACAGAACAUAAAAAGUAAAGGUUUUUCUUCAGAAAAUGAAAUGAUAGAUUAUUUGGUGUCUCGUGGAUCUUUCUAUUACAAUGGUGGCAUUGUCUUUGAAAACAAGUCUUCAAGUUCCAUUUUUGAUGUCAUGUUGAAGAUAAGGCUUCCUACGAUUUUAUCUAAAAAACAAGUCACAUGGAGUACUGAUCGCAUGUUUCCAUUGUUCCAAACAUUUCAACCAAGACAGAAAGGAUCUGUCUGUGGAUCAAGACCAAGUUAUAAAGACACUGGAUUCUUUUAUCUCCAGUAUAAACUUGCUGAAGGUAUAAUAACUUAUCUCAAUGCUUCUAGUGAAGAUUUUUUCAAUCGGACUACAGUGGAUCUGAAUCGGCAACCAUUUCCACCAUACAACAAUGAUCCUAUGGUUUUGGUUUUACAGAACCAAUUUCCUUUAAUUCUCAUCCUUAGCUUUUUGCUUUGUGCCAUUCACAUAGUAAAAGAUAUUAUCCAGGAAAAAGAGCUUAGACUAAAGGAAGCCAUGAAAAUGAUGGGAUUAGACAAUUGGAUCAUAUGGCUGGGCUGGUUCAUAAAAUAUUUCAUAUUUAUACUUAUAUCAAUUUCCAUGAUGACGUUGUUUCUGUGCGUUGGUGUUGCAGAUAAAGGAAGUGUGGUGGGGUAUACAAAUCCAGCAAUACUUUUUCUCUUUUUUUUCACAUAUGCCCUUGCAACCAUCAUGUUUUGCUUUUUACUCAGCACGUUUUUUUCAAAAGCCAACAGUGGAGCCGUUGCUGGUGGUGCUCUAUUCUUUUUUUCUUACAUUCCAUAUUUAGUCCUUGCUAGUAGAUAUAGUACUCUAAGUUGGGGUACUAAAAUUGGGUGUUGUUUAAUAUCAAACAUUGCACUAGCUUUUGGUGGCCAAGUUCUUGGAAUAUUUGAAGGUCAAGGAAUUGGUAUACAGUGGAGUAACCUGGCCCAUGGUUCUUCUGUUGAUGAUGACUUUGCAUUUCUUCAUGUUAUUCUGAUGUUACUUUUAGAUUCUGUCAUUUAUGGUAUUUUGACUUGGUACAUUGAGGCAGUAUUUCCAGGACAAUAUGGUGUACCACAGAAAUGGUACUUCCCUUUCAUGAUGUCUUACUGGUGUGGAACUACUCAAACUAAGUGCAAAAGUGGUGCUCUGGGUCCUGCACAUGAGGAACUACAGCAAUAUUUUGAGGCUGAACCAAACAACUUAAAACCUGGAAUUCAGAUAAAGAAUUUGUAUAAGGAAUUUAAUGGUGGGAAAAAAGUUGCUGUUGAUGAUUUGAAUCUGAAUAUGUAUGAAGGCCAAAUUACUGCACUACUUGGACAUAACGGGGCUGGAAAGACAACAACUUUAUCCAUGAUUACUGGUCUGAUUCCACCCUCAAGCGGAACUGCUAUUGUGAAUGGCUAUGACAUUCGUACUGACAUGAAAAGUGUACGAUCCAGUUUAGGUAUAUGUCCACAACAUGACAUCUUAUUUGAAAUGUUAACAGUAAAAGAACAUUUACAAUUCUUUGCACAGUUGAAAGGGUUUUCUAAAAAGUUACUGAAAUCUGAAGUAGACAAGAUGAUCAACUCAAUUAAUUUGGAAGAUAAAAGAAAUGUUUUAUCGAAAAAUCUUUCUGGAGGAAUGAAACGAAGAUUAUCUUUAGGAAUUGCUCUCAUUGGAGAUUCAAAGAUUGUUAUCCUUGAUGAGCCUUCCUCUGGAUUAGAUCCUAAUGCACGCCGUCAAGUUUGGUCUGUCCUCGAAAAGCACAGGAUGGGUCGGACAAUGCUUCUUACAACUCACUUUAUGGAUGAAGCAGACCAUUUGGGAGAUAGAAUUGCUAUCAUUUCUGAUGGUAUUCUCAAAUGUGCUGGUAGUUCCCUGUUUUUGAAGUCAAAAUAUGGUGCUGGCUACCAUUUGGUGAUAGUGAAAACUCCUCAAUGCAAUGUGGCCAAUGUCACACACUUACUUAAGUCUUUUGUUCCAGAAGCAACGAUGGAAAGCAAUGUUGGGGCUGAACUGUCAUAUCUUUUACCUCAUGAGAGCAGCUGCUAUUUUGAAAAACUUUUUAACACAAUACAGAGUAAACAAGCUAAUUUGGGAAUAUCAAAUUAUGGUGUUUCUGUGACGACAAUGGAAGAAGUAUUUCUUAAAGUAAGUGACAACCUAAACACUCAACCAGUUAAUGACUCGCACACUUUCUCAAAUGGAUCUGUUUACCACACAUUAGAAACAACUUUCAAACCCUCAAGAUAUAAGAAAAUAACUGGAUUCUUUUUAAGUCUUCAACAAUUUCGUGCAAUGUUUGUAAAGAAAGUGAUUUACACUUGGAGAAAUAAAUUCUUGAGUAUCAGCCAGAUUCUUGUACCUUUGGUUUUCACCAUUAUUGCACUGAUUGUUGUGAAAACAUUUCCAACUCAGGAUGACUUUCCUUCACUUUUACUGAGUCCUGAAAAGUAUGGCAAGAAUACUAUACCAUUCAGUAUUUUAUUAACUGCCACUCCAGAAGUAGCAGGUAUUACCAUGUCCUACCAAGACAAAUCACUGAAUAAAGACAUCAACUUUGUGAAUAUUAAUAAUAGCACAAAGUCCAAGAACUCACCAAAUAUCACAAAAUAUCUUGGAGUUAUUAGCAUUGAAGACAGAGAAAAUUAUAAUGACCAUUAUAUGAUAGCUGCUGAUUUAAGUGCAACAUUUCCGGAUCAUUACAUUGCCUAUUUUAAUGGUCAGUCUUUCCAUAGCGGUGCUAUAUCUUUGGCAAUGAUGGUCUCUGGCUUUCUAAGAUAUUUUCAUCAAUCCACCUCAAAAAUUUCUUUUGUCAAUCAUCCACUUCCAGUGACACAAUCAGAAGCUGCAACUUCUUCUGAUUCGCUGAACAAUACUGCGUUUACAUUAUCAAUUAUGAUCUUAUUUGGUAUUAGUUUCUUGUCAGCAACAUUUAGUCUCUUCGUGAUAAAAGAGCGAUGUACAAAAUCAAAGCAUCUUCAAUAUAUUAGUGGUGUAUAUCCAUUCAACUUCUGGAUAUCAGUAUAUAUCUGGGACAUGAUUACUUUCUUUGUAACUUCCAUAUGUGUGAUAAUUGCUUUUGUUUGCUUUGACAUUGAAGCAUACAUUGUGGAUGGACAUUCUGCAGCAAUUUUGCUUUUGUUUUUCCUGUACAGUACAGCUGCACUUCCCUUCACCUAUUUGUUGUCCUUCAUUUUCAAAACACCAACAUCAGGUUUUGUUUGGCUGGCUCUCAUUAACAUCGUCUCAGGGCUUCUAAGUGUUUUAUCUGUCAACAUCCUGAGUAUACCCCAGCUGAAUCUUUCUGACGUAGCAGACAUAUUGCGUUGGGUGUUUCUUGUUAUUUCACCUGAGUUUUGCCUUGGCCAAGGCCUCAUUGAUUUUUACGCCAAUUAUGAUUUGAUUGAAAUGUGUGAUAAAUUUCCCUCUAUGUCAAGCUGUCAGAGUUCUUGCACAGAAUGUUUACCAUUGAACAGAAAUUAUCUUGGCUGGGAGGGAAAAGGCAUAGGAAAGUCGUUGGUCUUUUUAUGUAUUCAAAAUAUUUUCACCUUAUUCUUGCUUAUUUUGGUUGAGUCAUCAGUUUUUGAAAAAAUUGUCUAUUCAUUAAAACUGUUGUGCUCAAGAAACAAAAUUCAGACUGUUAAAGAUGUCAAUGGUACAACUAUUGAUAAUGAUGUGGCUGCUGAACAAGUGCGAGUAGAGAACUACUAUGAACUUCAUAAAGAUGUAAUUGUGGUAAAAGAUGUUUCAAAGUUGUAUGGCUCAUUUAUGGCUGUAAACCAUAUUAGUGUUGGAAUCCCUGCUGGAGAGUGUUUUGGUUUACUUGGGAUCAAUGGGGCUGGUAAAACAUCCACUUUUAAAAUGCUGACUGGUGAUGAACGAAUUUCCAGUGGAAUGAUUUAUAUCAAUGGUGUUAGUCUGAAGACUAAUAUACGACAGAUUCAGCGUUACGUAGGCUAUUGUCCUCAAUUCGAUGCUCUUAUUGAAUGCUUGACUGCUCGUGAGAUUUUAAAUAUGUUUGCCUUAAUACGAGGUGUUCCACAAAAGAUAAUUCCACAAACAGUUAAUGAUCUGAUUGAAGAAUUGAUGCUUCAGAAAUAUGCUGAUAAACAGGUGAAAACAUACAGCGGUGGCAACAAGAGGAAGUUAAGUACAGCUGUGGCUCUGAUUGGUGAUCCCCCUGUUGUCUUAUUGGAUGAACCUACAACUGGCAUGGAUCCAGGAACCAGACGGAAUCUAUGGAAUACUCUUAUAAAAGUGAGGGAUACUGGACGAACAUUGAUUUUGACAUCACACAGCAUGGAUGAAUGUGAAGCCCUCUGUACCAAGAUAGCCAUUAUGGUCAAUGGUCAGUUCCGAUGUUAUGGAAGUAUUCAACACCUUAAGAGCAAAUUUGGAGAAGGAUACACUCUCAUUGCUAAAGUGAAACACCAAGAUUCCAAUGGAGAACCACCAAACUUAUACCCAUUAAUGAAUUUUAUUGAAAAUUCUUUGCCAGGAAGUACGUUGAAUGACAAGCAUGAAGGGCUUGUCUAUUAUCAAAUUCCUAAAAAUCCAGAGAUUUCAUGGUCUCAAAUGUUUGGGACUUUGGAGCAGGCUAAAUACAUGUUUAAUGUUGAAGCUUAUUCUUUAGGUCAAACAUCAUUAGAGCAAGUAUUUAUAAACUUUGCUAGAUUACAAGUAACACGAACAUAACUAACUAAUGACAUUAAUUUAAAUAAAUAUUCCACAAACAUACAUAAAUAUUAAAUAUCACAUGUAUAUUUGCAGUUGUCCUUUCAGUGGUUUGUAAGAUUUGUAAAUAGUAAAACCGGUUAGAUACAUAUGUAUAUAUAAAUGUGUGUGUAUUUCUUUGUUUGUGUGUGUAUGUGUACUUGAAUGAGCAUACAUAUAUAGUUAAAGGAAAUAGAUAUAUAAUUAUUUUACAGUAAUGUGUUUUGAAUUAAAUGCAAAGCUCAUUUGAAGUUAUAAUGCACUUUUGCUCUAGAACUUAAUUCCUCUAUUGUAUCAAUCAUUAAUUUAAUAGUUUGUACUAUAAAGAAAUUGUGACUAACAAAAUUUUUCAAAUUAAUUUUUUUAUAGGCACAGGUGUGACUGUGUAAUAAGUUUGCCUUCCAACCACUUGGGCAAGUGUCUUCUACUAUAGCCUUGGGCUGAUCAGAGCCAUUGUGAGUGGAUUUGAUAGACAUAAACUGAAAGAAGCUUGUUGUAUAUAUGUGUGUGUGUGUGUGUGUGUGUUUGUUUGUCCCCCACUACCCCACUGGUGUUGGUGUAUUUACAUCCAAUAACUUAGUAGGUCAGCAAAAGAGACCAAAAGAAUAAGUACCAGGCUUGAAGAACAAAUAAAUACUGGGAUCAAUUGAUUUGACUAAGAAACUCUUCAAUGCAGUGCCCCAGCAUGGCCACAGUAUAAUCACUGAAAUAAGUAAACAGUAAAAGAUUUACAUUAACUUUACGUAUGAUUCCCUCCUCCUCAGUAAUAAUAAUAAUAACAUCCUUAAACAAUACUUAUUCAAGGACCUUUUGAGCAGGAUCUGAAGAAAAUUCCAACUGGGCCCCACCUGCAAGGUCAUGCGUGGUUCAUCUUGAUAUGAGAUCACCAUGUCGUGCACAUUUGGUUGUGAUGCAUGGACCUGGUGUACCCUUAUCAGGCGGGUAGUCAUGAUGGGUAUACAGGGUUUCAUAUAUUUUACCCCAGUGUCAUUUUGAUGGCAUGCACUGCUCUCUCAUUCAAUAAUAAUAAUAAUAAUAAUAAUAAUAAUGAUUUGGCAUGGUUUCUAUGGCUGGAUGCCUUUCCUUGUGCCAACAACUUUACACUGUGUACUGGAUGUUUUUUGGGUUUUUUCUCAGCUAAGCAAUUAAAAAUGUUGGUUUCAAAUUUUGGCACAAGGCCAGAAAUUUCAGGGGAAGGGGUAAAUUGAUUAUUAUUAGGUGGUGGCUGUAGCAGGAUGUCUAGACCUUGGGUCAUCUUUAAGACUCACCCUACCCCUCUUGAAUUUAGUUUCCCACUUUUGUACAGUUGAUAAAGCUGGAGCAUCAUCCCUUUAUGUAGAAACCAUGUCAGCAUGGAUGUCUUUGGGGACUAACCCCUUUUUCUACAGACAUUUGAUAACCCCACAAUACCAAAUUUUAUCCAUUUUCACAAAUGUUUCUCGUACCACUUUUUCAAGUCCUCAAUUCUGUAUCCAAUAUAGGCCUAUCUGGAAAGAAAGAAAUACAGUUAGCAUCAGUAAAGGUUGAAUUUAAUGCAUACCAAGUUUAAUUACUGUAUGAUAAAUCCUUGAACUUUUCAGCCCACCUUUGUAUGAAAUUUCAGAUAUAGAAUACGAAUAGGAGUGCUAUGGUAUUAGGAUUGCUUUAACUUUUAUACAUUCAAAAGUAAAAGCAUUAUAGGUGUAUUUGUUUCAUCAAGGAAUCAAAACAAAUCACAAACCUGGUUUGCCAUAAUUAUAUUUCCUAUUCUAUGACACAAGGUACAAAUUAUAAACUCAUUUCAAGUCUUUCUCUUAACUUACUACUAGUUUAAUUUCUAAUCUUAAAAUGUGAGACUAACCUGUAUUCUGAUACUUCACUGAAAGUAUAUAACUGUCGUGCAUGAUAUUUCAUUAUCAUUUAUUAUUGUCGUUGUUUUUUGCUCCCCCCCCACCUUUUUUGUUCUCAAAUUCCACUGAAGUCAACCUUUGCCUUUCAUCCUUUCAAGGUCAACAGAAUAAGUACCAGUCGAGCACUGGGGUUGAUGUAAUCAACUAUCCAACUCCCCAUAAAACUUCAGGCCUUGUGCCUAUUAUUAUUAUUAUUAUUAUUAUUAUUAUUAGGUUCAUCAAACUUUCAAUAGUUUCACAUAAUAACAUUUAUGAUGAUCUUGACUCAACUACAAUUCUUAAAUUAAAAAAUAAAGACAAAUAAAACUAAAUGGAAAAUACUAAAUCCCAAAUGGCCAAGUGGUUAAGCUGAUCACUUAAAAAGACCUUGAUAGCAGGUUCAAUAUAUUGCAUGACACCUUGGGAAAGUGUCUUUCUAUCAUAGCCUUAAGUUGACUAAUCAGCUGUGACGGAAAUUUAGGAGACAAAAACUGCGUGGAAGCCUGCCGUAUGUAUGUACAUAUUGUAUGCUUAUGCAUGUGUGUAUAUAUACAUAUAUCUAUAGAUAUAUGGUGGACCCUCCUGUUGUAAAUGACAGAUGAGGUUUCCACAACUUCUUGCUGAACAAUCUCCACGGAUGGUUUGUUUAUAAUGAUCAAAUGUUUGUACUGUACAUUAGCUCACCCAGCUCUCUCAGAUCAACAUUGCCUGUACAGGUGCACAGUGUGCCAUGUCAUACGUGGAUGUGAUUGCAGAGCAAUGUGAGACAAAGUAAUUUUCUCAAGAAGUCAAUGCACUGUUCGCUACCAGUCUGGGAAUCAAACCCACAAUCUUUCAAUGCAAUCAUGAGUGCAAUACCCUACAGCUAGGCCACCGUGCCUCACCAUAUGUGUGUAUGUGUAUGUGUGUGUGUGUGUGUGUAUGUGUGUGUGUGUUAAAGAGAGUGAAAAAGAGUAUGUGUAUCUUUCAAUGGUGUACAUAGGAAAGGAGGAUAUAAGUCUCUGUGAGCAAAAAUUCAUGAUAUUUACUUCUAAUUCUUACCACCAGAAAUGUCUGGUACCAGAUAUUGUCCUGUUAAAAACACAUGUAACACUAAUGUUCACCAUUACAACAUAAAAUAAAUGAAUAAAUAAAUACCACUGAGAGAAAAUUAAAUGAAUCUUAACUCUGCCAUAUAUUCUAAUCAGUAUUUACUACUUGUUAACAGGAAGGAAUUUCAACAGCUCCUUUAUAGGAUCCAGUUAGCUGAAGACAUCAUCAGGAGGAACCACGUCUGGUUUCGGCCCCUACUCCUCUACCGUUUUGACGUGGCGGGGCCCCUCCUUUCGGAGGUGUCUUCAGCUCUGGUGUUGGGUGCAUGUCUUCUUUCUUCUAUUCCCUGGCCUCUUCGAUGCAGCAUCAACAAAUGAUGUUUUACCCAUUCUUUUCUAAAUGUGUUAUUAUUGAUGCUGUAUUUGUUAUAAUAAAGAAAUUGUUAUUGUU